AGUGGAAAAGCCCGUCAACCCGCGGAGGUGUGCGGGUUUUUUUAGCUGCAGCUGGAGGGAGACUAGUGUCAGAGCACACAUCUGCUGCCGAGCCGAGCCGAGCCGAGCCGAGCCAAGCGCACCUCUAAGAAGACUGAGACUUUCCAAAAAGUGAGAAGACAAGCGCACAGAGCCAUGACUGCGCCAUCUGUCAGACAGCUGUGUCUGCUGUGUGUGUUCUGCUGCUUUGGAUGUUGGAGUGGAACAGAUGCCAGUCCUUUCGAUCAGUGGGAUGACGGGAUAGAAUUAAGAAAGGUUCGAGGUAUCCAAAACGAUAAUGAUUUGAGUGACGUUUUGUUGAGAGAUCCAAAUGAGGAGAACGUCCAGAAUGUUUUCAAAAGAUUCCUGUUCCAUUACUCUAAAGCACGCAACUCUGUCGGAGCAGUACAGCAAGAGUCCCACUCAGUUCACCCUCUGAUGCGACUCUCCCCCAAACUUUCCCAGAGAAGAAAGAAGAAGGUGUUACUUUUGAAGAUUAGAGCUCUGCCGGAGGGGAUGUUGUAAGAGACAAGAUCUGCAAACAAAGGAAAGAAAAAUCACACUGAACACUGAAGUGGAGUGGAGCAGCAGACAUCCACGCUUCUGGACAUCACACCCUAAAAGAAACCCACCAGUGGAGCCACGGCAGCACUUCUGACAUGCGUCUCCUUUUACUUGGUUUCCUGAUAAUAAAAGAUUGUGUAAAUUUGACACCAUAGCAUCACACCUCUGCCAUGGCUGC